GUGCAAUUGUUCAAUAAAGUUUUACCGAAACGUCACACUCAUAUAUGAGCCGCUGCCCCAGAGCAGCGUUACCUGGAUACAGCGGACAGAUGGGGACCAUCACUGACGAUGAGGUCAUACGGAAACGCCUCCUUAUCGAUGGCGACGGAGCUGGGGACGAUCGGCGUAUCAAUUUGCUCCUGAAAAGCUUCACCAAAUGGUGCCACUCGAACGUGACACCAGAAGAAGGUUUCACCCAGUAUCAGAGGAUGCUGGGCACCUUGGCACAGUGCGAGUUCUCCAUGGGGAAGACCCUGCUGGUGUACGACAUGAACCUGAAAGAAAUGGAGAACUACGAGAAGAUUUACACCGACAUCGAGCAAAGCAUAAUAGCUGCACACGAGAAAAUCGCAGAGUGCAAAAAAGAAAUCCAGAGGGCAAAGAGGAUCCGAAAGAACCGCCAAGAAUAUGAUGCACUGGCAAAGGUAAUCCAGCAGCAUCCGGACAGACACGAAACGAUGAAGCAGCUCAAAGCACUGGACAAAGAACUUCACCAGCUUUCACAAAUCAAAGAGAACGUUGAAGACAAGUUGGAGCUGCGCAAGAAACAGUUCCAUGUGCUCCUCAGCACUAUCCAGGAGCUUCAGCAGACCUUGGAGAACGAUGAAAACGAUGAUGCAAGCCAAGAGAGUCCGAUGGAAAAUGGAGAUUAGUCCUUAACCGAGGGGUUUCUUUUUUUCUUUUUGGCCAUUUUCAUGUGGUGUUUCCAUGAGCUCGAAAAACAUUAGAACUUUGCAGUUUUGUCUUUUAAUACAAUUCUAUACAUAUGUGGCAAUAAAAGGAAUGUUUUCAUAAUU